GCAAACUUGUUUGGCUACAAACUUGGCCAUUUUCCCACCGAUGGCGCCACUGGACUAUAGUAAUAUUGGAACGCGCCCUUAGCCACCCGUAGCCACACCUAGCUUACCUAGAAAGAGGGCAAAUUGAUGGGCAAUGCUAAGAUAACUAUUUCUAUUCGUUUCUAUUGGUCACACAUAGUCAAGUGUACGCCGAGCGUAGAGUUCUAUUCGUCAGUCGAAUAAACGCGUGCUAUGCCAAUCAGUGUCAAGGUUAGAAAUCUCGUCGUAUCGGGAGCCAAUAGGAACGUUUGUCCUAUACAAGCUUUACGAGCCAUUAUUCAUCGAGGCAAUUUGCAUUUUCUCGUUGUAUGCGUGCCAAGCAUACGCAACAUAUAGGGAACAUAUUAUUGAAACCUGUUGUUGACAUUUCCAGUGACAUAACCCUCGAUAUUGAAUCUUGUUAGUGUUUAUAUACUCUGAACUCGUAUAGGGUUCACGCGUGGUCUAUUUUCUAUCUGUCAAAAUUCUCGAGUAGCGUUCUUCCAAUUUAAUGCUUGAUGCGUUUGCGGAUUGAUAGCGUUCUAAAGUGAAUAUAUCUAUUGUUGUAAGUGUACUGUUUCGUUCAAAGUAAUUGCUAAGAUGAAAACUGGUAUUUUCCACAUUCGACAUUCUGUUCUCGUUGGAGAAAAACUAGAAUACACUUUGUAUAGUUUGAGAUAAGCUGUAUUGGGUGUGACUAAUCCUCUUGUUGUCAGCACAUGGAAUAAAAUUUUCGUAAUUUAACCCAGGUGUUUCCCAAUUAAGUUUGUAAUUUGUAACGUACGUAUGUAUUAUUGUUUACUUUAUAAUUGCUAAGUCUUCAUUGUGUGUUACAACAGUUAGGAAUAAUAGAAAAAAAAGAGUAUAGGUCUGUAGUAGAACACUUAUCAGCCAUAAAAAAUCAAUGUAACAACUAUUUUAUAUAUUUUGUGUGAUUGAUAAACGAUAUUUAUCGAUUCUUCAAUAUUAAUUUCAAUUACAAGGGAAUAUCAUGCAACAAAAAAAGACGAAAUUUCUAUGACUUGUGUGACGUAUAUAGAAUAAACAUAAUUAGCAGGAUUUAUGAGUCACCUCGAUGACCUUUUAUUGCAGCACUCAUUAUCAAUAUGUUUCUUGUAUAUUUUUAUCCUUUGCAAAUAAUCUUUUCUUUUGUUUGGUUACAUUAGCCGUAUAUUUAUUUUCUAUUGAUACCUUCAUUUUUUCUUUAUUUUUAUGUUAUGAAUUUGUUCUGUUUUUAUUACAGUUAAGCAAGAAUGCAACAAACAACCACCAUUGAAACAAUCACUAUUACCAGGCCACUGAAGGUGAGCUUCAACUUUCGAUUACCGAUUUAUGCCUAUGAUCAUUUCUGAUCACGAAAGCAUUAGAUCCAAAUGCAUAAGUAAAAUUCCAUGUUUUGUGUACCUUACAAGUAACAAGAUGAAAAGUGACGUGAUUUUCGCUUUAAAAAGUGACGUGAUUUUCGCUUCAAAAAGUAUUGCAAGCAAUAAAACGAAAUGCUUUUAAAUUUUACACAGUAUUUUUUUGUGCAAAUCGUGAUCCAAAUUAGGUGAUUAGAACUCGACAAAUAAAUACAUUGACGUAACAUUACAACCGACGUCAUUUCUGUUUGCAAGAAAAAGCCAAUCUUUGCAGUCUGUUGAUACUUUGAAAACUUGGACUCCCAAAGGUUAAACCGUUAAAACGAAUAAAAGUUAAAAUAUCGAUAUUGUAAUUGGGCACAAGCUAAACUUCGGUCACGAUGAUAUUAAAAAAUACUUUUAUAAACAGUACGCGCACGUCUCAGGUUUCGUCUGCACCCUCUACCGCGUACGCGCACUGCGCCACGACCUUUAAUGGGCGCAGCCUCCCUGGAACCCAAUUACUCCCUCAACCUCGGACAGACUCUGUCCCUGGUUGACCUCGCUAAACGAACAAUCUUUGAACAGUUUCGUCGAAUGCUAAACAAAAAGUCGCUAGCAACUAUGUAACGCGUGUGUCACUAUUCGAGGCACGAUGUAAUUAAAAAGUUUGUUCAACGAAUUUGACGAAAAUGCGAUUGAUCUGUGUUUACCUUGGAGGUGUUACUCGCUCGUGAAAGUUUCGCGUCCUCUGAACCAUUCUUUAAAUGCUUCCCUGUUGUCUACCGAGGGUGUUCCGCGGAACAGUGUACGAUGUCCCGUAAAUGGUGCUCGAGGCGGCCGAAGAGAGUGUGAAAAAAGCUCGAAACGAUUUUAACCCUUUGCGCUCAACGACAUUUUCGUUUGGGCUGUCCUGAAAGUAUAAUUGUAGAUCUACAAUGAUCAUGUACACAGUUGCAGAGGAUCACAUGGGUGAUACCGAAAUUGCACAGGUGAUUGCAUUUAUAUGCGGGGUAAUAGUGAUACUGUUAAUGAUAAUGGGCUUGGCAUCUACCGAUUGGUUAAUGGCAUUGGGAUGGAGACAAGGUCUGUUCGCGCAUUGCAUCGAAGAGAGCGCGCCCACACCACUGCCAUUUAACAUACCAGAUCCAGCAGGAUGUUAUCAAGCCAGAGACGUUGCUUACAUAAAAGCAGCUGCCGCUCUGUGCGUAGUUUGUUUAUUAACAGACAUCGCUGCAACAAUUCUCACAGGGCUUGGUUUGAGGUCACAAGAUAAUCGUGACAAGCACAAGUAUUAUAGAUUUGCUGUCUUCUGUAUGGGAUUCGCACUGGUAUCGCUUCUAAUAGCUUUAGUGAUAUAUCCAGUGUGUUUUGCCACGGAACUCAAUCUUGGAAAUCGAGCAACAUGGGAAUUCGGUUGGGCAUACGGAGUUGGAUGGGGUGCAGCUAUUUUCUUGUUUGGUGGAGCCGUGUUGUUGUUAUGCGAUAAAGAGAGCGAGGAAAUUUAUUACAAAGAAAGAAAGAUCGUACGCGACGAUAUCGGUAGCGGAGGUUCUAUGAUCGGCAUGGGACAUCAUGGUGGACGAAGUGGAACGCAAUUAGCCUAGUGGCAUUGCUCCCUGCCCGACGUUGUUCUCUAGGGGAUGUACAAACAUCUAAACAAUCCGUCGUUGGACAUUUGACGAAAAAGGGUUUGCAACUUGACUGAGAUUCGAUUGAGUUCGCUCAUUGGUUACCAAUUUCCAAUUUUCUCAUAUCAACAAUUUCGGGACCAUUGCUAUUUUAAGUUUACUAUAGUAUUAUGUUUUACGUGUAUUAUACAACAAAUAUUUUUUAUAUAGUAUAUUUACAUUAUUUUUUAAAUUUACUAAUCAACUUUUGAUACCAUUACAAUGGUAACAACGAUGCUGCGUUACUUAUCUGUAAAAACGAAAAAUCAAUUGACACAACUGUCGCAUUUACCAUUACCGUGUGACUCGGGACAUAAUGGCAAGAAACUUUUCGAUUUGCUAAUGUUUAUGACUUCACGGUAACUUUCGCUAUGCCUAAAUUAACAAUUUAUUAUUGUGUUUAGUUAGCUUUAAAUAUGAGUUUUGGUUUUCUUACACAGCACAUAAUACUUGAGUACUUAACACUAUUCCAUGCUUUUUCAUUUUCGAAACUGGAACAAACAUUUCAACUGUGAAUAGCUGAGAAAUUCGAUGAAUUAAUAUGAUUAGUAAGACAAGAACACUGCCUCUCGUUAGUCAAGAUCAAAUAAAUCAUUGAUUCUUAUCCUUGUUUUUGCGUACGACGUGCAACUU